GUCCGAAUCCGUCCGCCCGCCCAUCAGUAACGAGGACGACGCCGAAAUAUAAUUCGACCUUUAGCGAGUAGUGCUGCUCUUUCUGCCUCUGCACGGAUGCCGUGGAUGAAACUGUUGCUGCUCAAAGAAAGCCUAUCGUCUUCAGGACUUCUAUGAAACAAGUUAAACAACCAAGGAAGUCACACAAGGCUUUGCUGUGUCUACAUUAUUCGUGUUCAGAAGUCCUACAACCAGAGUAAACCAAGUACCUUACAGAGGGUGAAGACUUGAGUUUCGUUCCAUUAUAGACUGAGAUGGACCCAAGACUGGCCUGUCUAAUUAUCCUUGCUGUCCUGCAUUACGGUUCCGUUUGUGCACCACCUCACCCUAGCAAUGGACUAAAGGAGUGCCGCAAGAACCUCAGCCUCCUAGCUCUGGAGGUCCUACCCGGUGGAGGCUGGGACAACCUUCGGAACCGGGAUAUGGGUCGAGUCAUGAACUUCAGCUACUCCCAGUGUCAGACCACCGAGGAUGGUGUCUAUCUCAUCCCAGACAAGGUGUUUGUCAUGCCGCAGAAGAUAACUGCCGUGGAGAGAAGCUCUGAGGUUUUGGAACACUGGCUGGACUAUGAAAGCUCAACCUCUAAAACCAUCAAUGCAGACGUUUCUUACUUGUCAGUGCUGAAUGGCAAGUUCUCCACUGAAAGCCAACGCGCCAAAACCUAUCAAGUGCGGGACAACUCUGUGACAUCUCGUGUGCAGGUGCGCAACCACUUAUACACAGUGAACACCUAUCCCGACUUCAACCUAGACACACGUUUCAUACAGCAAGUAAAGGAAAUAGCAGACGCACUGCAAAAGAACCAAACUCGAAACGCAACAUUCCUUUCGGAUAUGAUGGUGGUUAAUUAUGGCACCCAUGUGAUCACCUCAGUAGAUGCAGGGGCCACUCUAGAGCAGGAAGACUAUGUUGAAUCAUCUUAUUACCACAACAGUGAAAAAACUCAACUGUCUAGAUCAGCCGGUCUGAGCUUUUUCAAAGUCCUCAAGUUUGACAUGGACACGAAGGAGAGUCAGGAGACUCUUUCUUACAAGACUCACCUCGCACACUCACUAACGCAAAGCCACGGGGGAACCUCUUUCUAUCCAGGGAUCACUUUAAAGACCUGGCAAGAGAGCACGCUGAACAAUCUUGUUGCCAUUGACCGAGCAGGUCUUCCUCUCCACUAUAUUCUGAACAGUGCAACUCUGCCAGACCUCCCAGAGACCACUGUAGAAAAGGUGGCCCAGUCUGUGCGCCAGGCCAUAGAGCUGUACUAUGACGUUAAUAAACGGCCAGGAUGUGUAAACAUAAGUUCACCAAACUUCAAUUUUCAAGCCAAUGUUGACGAUAACUCUUGUGUAGGCCCAGCGACCAACUUAAGGUUCGGUGGUGUUUACCAAAAAUGUACCAAACUCACUCAAGAUGCAGAUGCUAUUUGUGCAGUGCAAGAACAGAAGAACCCAGACACAGGGGCCUUCUCAUGCCGUGAGCCUUAUUUCCCCACACUUCUACAGUCUGUCUUGAUUGAGGAGGUUUACAGUCAAACUGACCAAUACAAAGAUUGCGCUGAUUUUUGUCUUUUUGACUGUUGUGUUCAAUAUUCGCGUGUUAACCAUUAUGUUAGGAGAGCAAGUGCUGAGACCUACUGGUGUGCCACAAGUCAGGCUACAAAACCGUACUCAGGGUACCUCUUUGGUGGUCUAUACAGCCCAAGUCUGGAGAAUCCAUUAACUAGGUCUAAGGGGUGUCCAGUUCAUUUUUUCCCACUGAAAUUUCUGUCCAAUGGUUUAAUGGUUUGUCUGAGUAACGAUUAUGAACAGGCUACUUCACUUUCCGUGCCCUUUGGGGGCUUUUUCAGCUGCAAAGCUGGCAACCCCCUGGCACGGUCUGAAUCUCGCUGCCCACCACAGUUCAGCCAGCACCUCGCCACAAUAAGCGACGGGUGCCAGGUUCUGUACUGCGUGAAGUCUGGUGCAUUUACAGGUGGCCGGCUGAAACCCAUCCACUUGCCCCCAUUCACUCACCCAGCACUUAUCAGAAAGGUUGACAACACCACGCUGGUUAUGAUAACCGAGGGAGAUCAGGUGUGGCUCAGGACAGGAGACUCAAAUUCAUGGCAACAGGCCAAGCCAGGGGAGGUGGGAAACUAUGUGAGACAGCUCCACGCAUCCACAUCAAAAGGGGGACAGAUUGUCGCAGGCUUUCUUGCCACAUUUUCAAUCAUCCUGGCCAUUGGCAUAGCGUUCAUAGUGCAGAGAAAGUUCAGGAGCUUGUAUCACAGUCGCAGGGAAGGCUAUGAGGCUUUUUCUGACACUCGGCGAGAGCCAGAGGUCUAGAAAGAAGAGCGGAUUACAUUCUGUGUGUUCAUUACUACCCACUGUACCCAGAUGACAAUGAUUCAUUAUAGCUUUUACAGGUUUUAUUAGGUUUUCUUCUUUCGGGGUAUAAAUGGGUUAUAUAACGUAAGCUCACGUACGUUCAUAAUGAUAUUCAUGUACAUUUACACAGUUUUGUCAAAAGUAUUUAAUAAAUAAAC